CGAGCAGACAUCGCCGCUUACACCAAGCCGAAGAGGGAUGCAUUCCUCCUGGCCAACAAGUCAUACUUCCAACCUCUUCUCCCCGAAAACAGCUACAUCGACAAACUCGAGCGCAUCAAUGCCAUGGCUGGGCAGGACGAGCCAGAAGAGCACCCAUAUGUCAAUCUCACCGAGCAGCCGAAGGAGGUCACAGCUGUGAUGAAGCCAUACCAGUUGGAAGGUCUGUCAUUCCUCGUCCACAUGUACGAGAAUGGUGUGUCAUCCAUCCUGGGUGACGAGAUGGGACUGGGAAAGACACUCCAGACACUGUCACUUUUUCAAUAUCUCGUCGAGAACAAGCCCACCACCGGCGAGCAUCGACCAAAUCUGGUGGUGUGCCCGCUCAGCGUGCUGUCAUCUUGGAUCGCCGAGUCACGGAAGUGGGUGCCUGGUCUGAAUGUUGUGCGCUUCCACGGACCUGUCAACGAACGCCUGCGCUUGAAGCAAGAGAUGCUGGAGAAGAAGACGAGGUUCGACAAGACGCACGAUCCAGAAGACCGCGUGGAUCUGGUAGUCACAACAUACGAGACCUUCACUGCGGAGCAGAUGUGGUUCAAGCGAGUCUUCGUUUGGCGGUAUUGUGUGCUUGAUGAAGGUCACAAGAUCAAGAAUGAGAAGUCCGACAUCUCAUCUGCUCUCCACGGUCUCAGCGCGGAGUAUCGCUUGUUGCUCACUGGAACCCCUCUCCAGAACAACCUCAAGGAAAUGUGGGCUCUCCUACAUUGGCUGUUCCCGGAGGUCUUCACCAUCGACACCGCCGAUGAGUUCCGCAAAGCAUUCGACCUGACCAAAGGAACUGUCUCUACUACAUUCAUGGACGAUGCUCGUCGUCUGCUGGAGCUCAUCAUGAUUCGUCGGAUGAAGAAUACCCCCGGUGUCAACCUUGAUCUGCCGGAGAAGGAGGAAGUCGUGCUCUUCGUCCCACUCACGCCUAUGCAACGAUUCUGGUACACUCGCCUCUUGACCAAAGAUAACGGCACCCUCGACGAUGCCAAUGCUGCACUGGGCAAAGCUGAAGAUAUGGAUACUAGCGAUAUCUGGGCGGAAAGCAAGGCCAUCAUGCAGGAAGCACUUCAAGUCGAAGAGGAGCCCGAUACGCAGAAGAAGAACGCUUGGCAGAAGUUGAUGAACCUGCUCAUGCAACUUCGCAAGGUGUGUAUCCACCCGUACAUGGUGCCCCACGCUGCUCCACCGAUGUACGAUAUUGGCAAUCACAUCAUGAACGCCUCAGCCAAGUUCAUCGUGUUGGACAAGAUGUUGGAGGAACUGGUUGUCAAGCAGAAGAAGAAGGUCUUGAUCUUCUCUGGCUUCACUCGAGCGCUCGACUUGGUUGAAGAGCUCCUUCACCUCAAAGGCGCCAACAGUCACGAUGCACCAUUCCGCCACGCACGUCUUGACGGCAGCACCGCGCGUGCCCAGCGUAAUCUCAGCAUCCGCAUGUUCAACGACAUGCGUUCCGACUGCAAUGUCAUGCUGCUGUCGACUCGCGCUGGAGGUCUCGGCAUCAACCUCACCUCCGCCAACGAUGUCAUCUUCAUCGACGAUGACUGGAAUCCACAAGUCACCCUCCAAGCCGAAGCUCGUGCUCACCGUAUUGGUCAGAAGAACAAAGUCACCGUCUACAAACUCUGCACUCAGGGCACUGUUGAAGAGCAAAUGCAAGGCCGCAUCCGCAAGAAGCUCUACCUCUCUGCGAAGAUCACCGAGAGCAUGCGCAAUCUGCACUCGGAAAACAAUGCUGACAAGAAACGCAAGCGUCGCUCCCCCAACAAUGCCGUCGCCAACGACGACGACGCUCCUCACCUCGACACCGCCUCGCUGCAAUCGCUCAUCCGUCGCGGCGCGCAAACUCUCGCUCGUCCGCAGAUUCAAGUCAGUGAACUGCUGAACUGGGAUUGGGCCACCACCCUCCAGAAAUGCAAAGACCAGCCCUUCGACAUCACCGCGGCCCCCACCUCAACUACUGAUAUCGAAACCCCUGCCGUCGAUGAGCAAACCUGGCUCUCCUCCAUGGAAAAGGUUCAAACCGCCAUCUUUGACGGGAAAAGGCACCAAAAAGCCCUUCAGGCCGCCGCCGCGCUCCCAACAGACCUUACCCGCGCCGACCGCCGCGUGGGCAAGAACACCACCGUCGAAAUCGACGGCUUCAUGAUCGACAAGAAUUCUCUCCUCUGCGCGCAUUGGGAAGCCGUGCCCACACUCGCCGGCAAGGAUCCACGUCUCGCAUCUCCGAAGCGGGAGAAGAGGGAGCCUAUCAUCCAUCAGGAAUUCUGCCAGUCGUGUUGGGUGGGUCCGGACAGUAAGCGUGGCGAACUUCUCGACUGUACUCGCUGUCCUCGAAUCAUCCACCAGCACUGUAUCCCCGAGGGCAGUCUCACGGGCGGCAUCAGCAAGAACUGGACAUUCACCUGCACUCAGCACGCUUGUCGAGACUGCGGCGCCAAGACCUCCGACGCUGGCGGCGUCAUCUUUCGUUGCCGCUGGUGCGAGGCGGGAUACUGUGAGGAUUGUCUCGACUGGGACAAAGCCAACCUCGUCGGCCACGAGUUGCCGGAAUUCGGAUUGCUGAACUUUGGACGUGUCACUCAAGCAUUCUACAUUGAAUGCCACGGUUGC